GACGACAUUAGGAUGAACCUCGGGGCAAAUUUCUGAAAUUAACCCUCAUAAAUAUCUUUACCUUUUCUUCCAUUAUUAUCGCCAAUUUAAAUGACUACAGGGGCACUCCGGAUAAAAUACCAUUGCAGCAGGAAGUAAAUACUGAAAUCCCAUUGCAGGCAGCAGGAAGAUUGGUUUGGUGUUUGGAUUGCCGGGGAGGGAAUAUGGCAGCCUGCGCAGGAUUGCCAACUAACGCUACUAUUGCUUCAGCAGCACCAUUGCAGCAGCAAAUCUCCAACUCCUCCAUAAAGAAGCUACCCAAUAAACCUUCCUCCCCUGUUUCUGUUUCUGUUUCUCUUUGCUCUUGCUCUUCCUCUUCUAGGUGUUGUACAACUAGGAGUUGUACCACUACCACCACUGAAGAAACUUGUUCGAACCAGAAAUUUAGUUACAGCAGAGCCUCCCCAUCCCUCAGAUGGCCCCACCUCAAAUUCCCAGAAACUCACCACCUCCACCACCAUUCCUCUUUCCCCCAACCGCCCUCUCCCACUACUUCUGCUGUAAAUUUGGUAGGGGAGAUCAAGGGUGGUAGAGCUGAAAGUGCUGACAGAGAAGAAGAGACAAUUUUGUUGAGAGGGAAUGGGGAGGAGGAAGAGGAAGAAGAGGCGUUGCGUUGGCCUAGGCCUACUAGGAAAGCAGCUAAGAAAAUGAACAAACUGGCGUUAAAGAGGGCUAAAGAUUGGCGGAAGAGGGUUCAAUUCUUGACUGAUAGGAUUUUGGGUUUGAAGCCCGAGGAGUUUGUUGCUGACGUGCUUGAUGAGAAGAUGGUUCAGAUGACUCCUACGGAUUUUUGUUUUGUCGUCAAGUGGGUCGGGCAGACCAGUUGGCAGAGGGCACUGGAGGUCUAUGAAUGGCUGAAUCUUCGCCAUUGGUACUCCCCUAAUCCCCGCAUGCUUGCCACCGUGCUCGGUGUGCUUGGUAAGGCCAACCAGGAAGCGCUGGCCGUCGAGAUUUUCACUCGGGCGGAGCCUGGGGUUGCUGCCACUGUCCAAGUGUAUAACGCCAUGAUGGGUGUUCAUGCCCGGAAUGGGCAGUUUACUAGUGUUCGGCAGCUGCUUGACUUGAUGCGCCAACGGGGCUGUGAGCCAGACCUCGUCAGUUUCAAUACUCUGAUCAAUGCACGUUUGAAAGCUGAGCCUUUGUCGCCAAAUUUGGCAAUUCAACUCCUGAAUGAAGUCAGGAGCUCAAAGAUUCGACCUGAUGUCAUCACUUACAACACUCUUCUCAGUGCUUGUUCACGCGACUCCAAUUUGGAGGAGGCCAUGAAGGUUUUCGAUGACAUGGAAGUGAAUAAGUGCCAGCCCGAUCUUUGGACGUAUAAUGCCAUGAUUUCGGUGUUUGCCAGAUGUGGACUACCUGGUGAAGCUGAACGGCUCUUCAAGGAUUUGGAGUCAAAAGGGUUUUAUCCUGAUGUGGUCACAUAUAAUUCUCUACUGUAUGCAUUUGCAAGAGAAGGUAAUGUUCCGAAGGUAGACGAAAUAUGCAGAGAAAUGGUUAAGAUGGGUUUUGGAAAGGAUGAGAUGACUUUAAAUACUAUCAUCAACAUGUAUGGGAAAAAUGGUCAGGUUGGCCUCGCGUUGCAACUGUACAGAGACAUGAAAACAGCAGGUCGGAAUCCUGAUGUAGUUACGUAUACUGUUCUCAUUGACUCGCUUGGAAAAGCAAAUAAGAUUACAGAGGCUGCACAGGUCAUGUCAGAAAUGCUUAAUGCUGGUGUUAAGCCAACUGUCCGUACUUACAGCGCUUUAAUCUGUGGCUAUGCAAAAGCUGGGAAGAGAAUGAAUGCUGAGGAGAUGUUUAAUUGCAUGCUUCGUUCUGGAAUCAAGCCUGAUAGGUUGGCUUAUUCUGUCAUGUUGGACAUCCAUUUAAGGUCUAAUGAAACCAAGAAGGCAAUGAUGUUGUAUCGGGAAAUGGUUGAUGAUGGAUUCUUGCCAGAUCUUUCCCUUUACGAGGUUAUGCUCCGAGUCCUUGGAAGAGAAAAAAAAUCUGAAAGUAUAGAGAAAUUAAUUAAGGAUCUGGAGGAGUUACAUGAACUGAGUCCACAUAUAAUUUCCUCUAUACUUACAAAGGGUGAGUGUUAUGAUUUUGCUGCUGAGAUGUUGAGAUUAGCCAUUGCAAAGGGAUAUAGUUUGGACAAUGAGAACUUGUUAUCUAUCUUGAGUUCUUAUAGUUCAUCUGGGAGGCACUUAGAGGCAAUUGAAUUGCUAAAUUUUCUAAAAGAACAUCCUUCUGGAUCUGACAGAUUCAUAUCUGAAGCCCUCGUUGUUAUCUUCUGCAAGGCUAAUCAAAUGCAUGCUGCUUUGAAGGAAUACCAUGAACUCCGUGAAUUCAGUUUUUUUUCUGGAAGCUUUACCAUGUAUGAUGCCCUCAUCAAGUGCUGUGUGGAGAGUGAACACUUUGCUGAAGCUUCACAAAUUUUCUCUGACAUGAGAUUUAAUGCACUGGAGCCUUCUUGGGAUAUUUAUAGAAUCAUGGCAACUAGUUAUUGUAGACUUGGCUUCCCGGAGACUGGUCAUUUUUUGGUUGAUCAGGCUGAAGCAAGAGGCAUUGCUGUUCAUGACAUAUCCACUUAUAUUGGUCUGAUUGAGGGUUAUGGUAGGUUGAAGUUAUUGGAAAAAGCAGAGAGCAUUGUUGGAAGUCUAAAAAAACAAUGUAGUGUAGUGGACCGGAAGGCUUGGAAUGCAUUAAUACAAGCUUAUGCUGCAAGUGGUUUCUAUGAGAAAGCAAGAGCAGCAUUCAAUACAAUGAUGAGAGAUGGUCCUUCCCCAACAGUAGAAACCAUUAAUGGCCUUCUGCAAGCAUUGAUAGUUGAUGACAGAUUGAACGAGCUUUAUGUUGUAAUACAGGAGCUGCAAGAUAUGGGCUUCAAAAUUAGUAAAAGUUCUAUUAUUUUGAUGCUUGAUGCUUUUGCUCGAGCAGGAAACAUAUUUGAAGUGAAGAAGAUAUACCAUGGAAUGAAAGCUGCAGGAUAUUUUCCGACCAUGCAUCUCUACAGGGUUAUGAUAGAGUUGUUGUGUGGUGGAAAACAGGUAAGAGAUGUUGAAGCUAUGGUUUCAGAAAUGCAGGAAGCGGGAUUCAAGCCUGAUAUAUCCAUAAGGAAUUCAAUGCUGAAGUUGUACACAAAGAUUGAAGAUUUUAAGAAAACAGUUCAAGUAUUCCAGCAAAUUCAAGAAGCUGGACUGGAAGCAGAUGAGGAUACAUACAGUACUCUGAUACUAAUGUACUGUAGGGAUCAUAGGCCAGAAGAGGGGCUUUCUUUGGUGCGUGAAAUGAUGCAGUUAGGUCUGGAACCAAAUCUGGAUACCUACAAAAGCUUGAUUGCAGCGUUUUGUAAACAGCUGAUGCUGGAACAAGCUGAGGAGCUCUUUGAAAGACUCAGGUCAGGAGGGCAUAAACUGAAUCGUUCUUUUUAUCAUUUAAUGAUGAAGAUGUACAGAAACUCUGGAAAUCAUUCUAAAGCUGAAAAGCUGAUGGUUGUGAUGAAGGAAUCCGGAGUGGAACCAACCAUCGCUACAAUGCAUUUGCUUAUGACUUCUUAUGGCAGCUCUGGCCAGCCGAUGGAAGCUGAAAAAGUUCUUAACGAUUUAAAAUUAACGGGUUUAACUCUUGGUACACUGCCAUAUUGUUCCGUCAUUGAGGCUUAUCUCAAGAAUGGAGAUCGUGAUAUUGCCAUUCAAAAGCUCCUGGAGAUGAGAGCAGAAGGUCUGGAACCAAAUCACAUGAUAUGGACUUGCUUUAUUCGAGCUGCAAGUAUGUGUCACAGUACUUCUGAGGCUAUAAUACUAUUAAAUGCCAUUGCUGACGCUGGGUUUGAUCUCCCACUAAGGUUUCUUAGAAAUAGUUCAGAGUUAUUGGUAUUAGAGAUGGAUCGCUAUCUUGCAGAAUUAGAGCCAUUGGAAGAUAAUGCUGCAUUUAAUUUUGUAAAUGCUUUGGACGACCUAUUGUGGGCUUUCGAACUUCGGGCCACUGCAUCAUGGAUUUUCCAAUUGGCAAUCAAGAGAAACAUUUAUCCGCAUGACAUAUUCAGGGUGGCUGACAAGGACUGGGGGGCUGACUUUAGAAAGUUAUCGGCUGGUGCUGCUCUUGUCGGCUUAACAUUAUGGCUUGACCACAUGCAGGAUGCUUCAUUGGAGGGUGUCCCAGAAUCUCCAAAAUCUGUGGUGCUGAUAACAGGUGCAUCAGAUUACAAUCAUGUCUCACUGAACAGCACAGUGAAGGCAUACCUAUGGGAAAUGGGAUCUCCAUUUUUGCCUUGUAAAACUCGGAGUGGUCUCCUAGUUGCAAAAGCUCAUUCCUUGAGGAUGUGGUUGAAGGAUUCUCCAUUUUGCCUGGACCUCGAGUUGAAAAACAACUCAACCCUCCCAGAGACAAACUCUAUGCAGCUAAUUGAAGGAUGUUAUAUUAGAAAGGGCCUUGUUCCUGCUUUUAAGGACAUAAAGGAGAGGCUUGGCCCAGUGAGACCUAAGAUGUUUUCACGGCUGGUUUUGCUGCCAGACGAGAAAAGAGAUAGGGUAAUCCGAGCUGAUAUAGAAGGGAGGAAGAAAAAGUUGAUCAAAUUUGGAAAAGCUAGGGCUGUUGGGAGGAAGAGUGUGCAAUUCAAGAAAAGGAAGUUUGUAAGGAGUUCUAAGCCAUCAAACUCGGGAAUGUGAGAUCAAAUAGGGCUGGCUUGCAGUUUUGACUGCCAAAGAAAGUCAAGCCUGUUUCCAAGUAAAUUUCAGCGCGAAUGUUGUCCUGAAAUUUGUUUUCUUUGCAUGUUGUCCUGAUGGGAAAGAAAAUCUUUACUACUAUAAAGACAGGAGUUUCCAAAUGACGAAUCAAAUUGAAGAUGACAAUUCAAUUUCAUCCUGUUUACUAAUUUUGGAAUUCUGUAGUUAAUUUUGGUGGCAGAAAAGUAAUUUCAGCGGUCUUAGUGUCUUCCAGAACUCCCCAAUUCUCCAACUGUCUCCAUCCCUUCUCUCUCUUUGUCGCUCUCAUUCUCUAUGAACCGCCCCUGCCGUCCAUCCCAAUCUCUUUCGGCUUUCUCGUCUUCUGUCUAUACAGAAAAUUCAAAUUCAGCAAUGGCAGUUGGUGAUAAGGGAUAAUUGUGACUUGUGAGGUAGGUCUUUGGUCUUUUCUGCCCCGCAAUUUGUCCCUGGAUGGCCAAGAGAACCCCGACUAGAGAGCUGGGACUUGGAGGAUGUGAAUUUAGUUUUGCAUAGCCCAUUUGUCCUUGCCAUCUGUGUCAUCCUCACCGGCUUCCUUUCUGUGCAAGAUUUUCAUAGAAUACACUUGAGGUUGAUUCAAUAGUUGUGAAGUGAAUGUAGCAAGAUGGUCGUAUGCCCAGCUUAUUUAUGGGGAACACCAUCAGCGGUGAUGACUUUGACAAAUUCAAGAAGGUACAGUGAGAGCCUUCUGUAAUGUUGGAACAUUUGAAUGAAGAACAGCUGAACCUUGAAGUUGAUUGGGGAUUUUCGGGGACGCUGGCUUGCUAUGGUCGGACUAUCAUUGUUGUUGUAAGAAUGUUCCUCUGCCCAUUGAUCAAUGGCACUUUCCUUUUGUGAUGCUGGAAGUUGUGAGAGCAUACGCCUUGCGUACAAGUAGCUGACAGAUUAGCACUCGUUUCAAAGCUGAUCGCUAUUUGCGCAUCCUUUGUUCGGCGGAAGUUCCCGAGUACGCAAAUAGAAGACUCCAUGAAACAAGGACUCAUUCAUUUAUUCCGCAGUCUAGAACUUCUUUGCUGUUAUUAGCUUCACCAGGAAAGGUAUGGGAAAUUGUAUCCCUGGCAUUUUAGCUUGAGAAUUUAGCUUUAGUCAGAUUCUGCAAACUAUAAAUCUUACUGGUUGAGGAUUUUAAGAUUUCCUGGUCUGUCUUUUGGAACCUUUAUUUUUUCUGAAUUUGAGGGCUAAGCUUCUGCAACUGCAAUGAUAUGUUGGUUGAUUUUCGUUUCAA